CACAAUUCAAUGCAACUUCAGAUUUCAGACUGCUGGCUCCAUGCCAGGUUUUACAAACUUCAAGUUGUCUGACCUUUGAUCUUGUGUCAUGUGACCUGUCAUUCUCCUGUCAUGUAGCCUGUCACAACCUGCUUUGUGCAAGUCUGAUUAAAUAAAUACAAUAAACUGUGACACCUGCAGUGAGCCACAUAAAAUGAGACUUUGUUAACUUCUGUAUUACAGAGGUUUACAACCAAAGUUGAGGUGUUUUUUCCUAGUUACAGGUUAUAUUACACUGAAUAAUGAAUGCUUAAAUUCUAACUUAGGGGGCCUUUUUUACAUGCGUAGUGCAUGAUGUAAGGGGAAUCCCCUUAUUGGGGAUAUAGUGUUUUUAAAGGUCCAGGGGAAUAACAUGUAAACAGAAUUACAGCACCAGACCUGCUAUGCGGUACAGGGUGUUGCUUGCUGAGUAUAGUGAUACCUUACUGUCUCAAAUCUCUAAUGAGGACCAGCUUAUUGCUUUAAAGGACUAGUGACAGACUGUGGUGGCAGUAAUACCAGCUGAUUCAGAUUUGAUGAUUAUACAGCAUAGAUCACAGCACCACAGGGACUUCCUGGUAACCAAGAACCUUUGAUCGUAAACAGUCUGCAUUCCACCUAAGUGAAACAUGAUACUGGACCUUUCUGCAGCUGUUUUUGCAGAUUUGCCAACAUCCCCAAUGCCGAUCAUCUGUUUGUACAUCAUUGUGAUUAUAAUUCCUAUAAUACUUGUCAAUGUGAAACUUGGUCGAGCAGAUCAGAUUUCUCAGAAUAUCCCAACUGAAACCAUUAAGAACAUAACAACUACUCAAGGGGAUGGCAACAUAACUGUCAAUACCGGCAGUCGUAGUACAGUCAACAUUACAUACUUUCACGAUGUAUCAGAAGAGCAUACACACCACAAGCCAUCUCAAACUUCUGAACCACACCAUGUACAACUUGAGGAGAGCAGAGCACUUGUCCCAGUUGACAGACUGAGUGUGCCCAAACCUGUUGGUAGACCCCAAAGGCAGAACAAAAACUGUUCUCACUACAUUGAAUUUGCAACGGAGAUGUCUGCAGAGGGAAAGACACCAGAAUGUAUCAGAAUCAUUGAUGAGCUGAUGAAGAUAAAGACAGAUCCGGACUCUCAAGUGUCACUUCGCCAAGCUGCAAGUCUUGUUGCCAUUUACCAGGGAGAUUUUGAGAAGGCAAGCCGUCUUCUGUGUGGGGCUGAGGUAUUCCUCUCAGAGGAAGUACCUGUACAUGAGGGAGAGCACAUUCUUUGGGGGAGCCAUCUUACAGCUCUAGCACAGCUACGGGCAGGGGAUCUUGAAGGGGGGAUUGUCUUGGCAGAGGACGCACUCGAAAUUGCCCAGUCAGACACAGUCGCAUCUGGUUGUAUCACUGCAUAUCCACUCCUUAACCAUGCCUGGUUUGUGACUGAGAUCGCUGCAGGUCAAGAUAAUGAUGACAUUAGGUGUCGUCUUCUGAAGAGAGCAGAGAAAGAAUACCAGCAUGCCAUUGAGCAUGCAAAAUGUGAGCAUCCCAAACACAUGCUCCACUCAAAGUCACGAGUGCCACUAUUUGCAAAAAUUGGUCUCGCUCUUCUGUACCUUGGCUGUAGGGUAUCAGUCGACAACUUCAGGUUGGGAGUCUCUAUUAUCUCUUUGGAUGACAUGAAGAAGGCGAAGAGCGUGAUUGAUGCACUGGACAAAGAAGAGUCUCUUUGUAAUUCUGCUAAGUGUCGUUUAAUGAUGGUCAAAACUUUCUUUCAGUACAGGUUGGGUACUUACCAACAGGCCUAUGACUUGGCUCAGGAAGCCAAAGCCUUUGCCACUGAGCAUUCUCUUGGAAGGUAUGCUAAGUUUGCAGAAGGCAUCGCUAAGUAUUUAAAGAAAUAUGUUUAAGGUAGGAUAGCAGUGUGAUGUGCAAGUCAACGUGAGCCAGGCUUUCUAUGGCUUUCAUGAACUCUAUGGUUUCAAGCAAUUCAUUCCAUCUGUUUAGCUUCACCUACAUGCAUGUAUGCAUGUAGAAGGUGCCACUUUUGGGUGGGUGAGUAGAUUUCAAUUAUACUUUCACAAUUUUACUUUUACUGUUGCAAAGAUUACGGUAAUGUUUAAGACGAAUGACAACUGAUGCAAAGUCUUAGAUGUUUUACAUCUAAAAUAUUUGCAUUACGUCUGUUAUGGUAGGAUGAAUUUGGAUGCUAUCUAAUUAAUCUAUUAUGCAUCCUUGUAAUAGAAGAAACUUCUAAAUAGUUUAAAAGCAUUUGCUAGUCUGAGAUCCAAAUACAUAGUUUACUGUAUUCCAUAUUGUACAUGAGGUCAACAUUUAUUUUGGAAGAUUGUAUCUUAUGUUAUACAUGUAGGUACAACUUUAGCAUAGGUACACUUAGUUGACAUGAAACCCAAAUAACAGUAACAGUUCUUUAUUGUGUAUUUUACAGACAUAGACUAUCAAUAAAUUAUUACAAGAAAAUUAAUGUACAA